CGUGCUGUGUUUAGUUUUCUCCAACCUGGGGAGCUCUCGCGCUGCGCUAGCUUCGCUUCGUUGCCUGGUGUCAUGCUCCGAGAGGAACAAGACAUGUUUUUUUUUUCUUUUCUUUUCUUCCCCUCCAGCUGGAAUACGAAGGCGACAACAACAGACGUUAGUGUGACAGAAAGCCACGCUUGAGGAAACCCGGAGCCGCAGUUGGAACCGACCGCUCGGAUAAAGAAUAGCAGAAGUGUUCGCUGAAAAUACAGCCCCCUCCUCCUCCUCCUCCUCCAGCAGCAGUUAGAGGGGCAGGAAUAGCCAUCCGGUUCCCACAUCACAGCUCAUCCACUGCGGCAACCCCGCUCUCUGACUCGGGGCUACUACAACAGCGCCACUGGCACUUUUGGCUUGUAAUAUGGGAUCGUUUGGGAAGGGUGAGAGAUCCGGUUGAAGCCCAGAAAGCCAAGUGGAGGCGACCCGAUCUCGGGGGGGAAGGAUUGUAAACGCAUUAAAAUGGCUGCGGAGAUGGCAUUUGGGAGAAAAUGGUCCUAAAUCAACGCCGUGAAGCCGAAAAAACACGUCCAAUUGUGAAUUAGCAACGUGGGCUAACAAACUGUUUUGGUUGAGCCGAUGAGGACAACAAGCUGUUUCGUUUUGGGGAAUCUUUGAAGAGGAAGAGGUCUGGCGAAGGGAACUCCUCCGACUUGUGAAUCUAUGCCUGCGGUGGACACGCUUCGCAAUUAAUCUUAGACUCUUUUUUUCCAGUGUUGAUCUUGCGUGCCCACCGCUCCACGAAUAUGCUGGACCUCUUUGUUGUAGCCGAAGCGUCCUGAGGAGCCGAGGCUUCCUCCCACCGGAGAAGGCCCCGCUCUGCUCGACCUGGUGGAGGGGAGCAAGGAAGGAGAACCAUGGAGCCCGGAGGCAAAUGUAACCCUAGACUGUUCCUGCUCGGGCCGAGGCUAGCUUCGAGGAGCGAGCCGAGGGGAGUCGGCAAAUAUCUGGUGGCGUACGCCUUGUUUUCCUUCGUGCUGCUGACGCACGCCUCCCCGGCGAAGUCCUGCGACAAGAGCUGCAACUCGGGCAAAUGCAUCAAUGGCUCCUGCGUCUGCGAGCGAGGCUGGGUCGGGGAUCACUGCCAGCACUGCCAGGGGAGGUUCAAAUUGACUGAAGCCUCAGGGUACCUCACCGACGGGCCCUUCAACUACAAGUUCAAAACAAAGUGUACCUGGCUCAUCGAGGCCUAUCCUAAUGCUGUUCUGCGGUUAAGAUUCAACCACUUUGCCACCGAAUGCAGCUGGGACCACAUGUACGUCUAUGACGGAGACUCGGUUUAUGCUCCUCUGGUUGCAGUUUUCAGCGGGCUGAUCGUACCGGAAAUCCGAGGAAAUGAGACGGUUCCUGAAGUUGAGACGACGUCUGGAUAUGCACUGCUACACUUUUUCAGCGACGCUGCCUAUAAUCUGACGGGAUUUAACAUAUUCUACUCCAUAAACUCUUGUCCCAAUAACUGCUCCGGUCAUGGGAAAUGCACCCCUGGGAACUCGGCCGCCAGCAGAGUGUACUGUGAAUGUGACAAGUACUGGAAGGGCGAGGCCUGCGACAUCCCCUACUGCAGGAACAACUGCGGGAGCCCCGACCACGGCUACUGCGACCUCACCGGCGAGAAGCUGUGUGUCUGCAAUGACAGCUGGCAAGGCCCAGAUUGCUCGCUGACCGUUCCUUCGACCGAGUCGUUCUGGAUCCUCCCCAGCGUCAAGCCCUUCGGCACAUCCCUCGCCAGGGCUUCCCAUAAGGCCGUGGUGCAGGAGAAGGUCAUGUGGGCGGUGGGUGGAUACACGUUUAACUACAGCUCAUUCCAGAUGAUUCUGAACUACAACCUGGAGAGUGGCGUUUGGAGCACGGUGCCCGUCAGCGGAGGCCCUGUGCCAAGAUACGGACACUCGCUUGCUGCCCACCAGGAUGAUAUCUACAUGUUUGGUGGGAAGCUGGAAGCCAGUUGGGGCAACGUGACGGACGAGCUGUGGGUGUUCAACAUACCGAACCGGACGUGGCAGCGCAGGAGCCCCCUCGUCGGCUCGCCGGCCCAAGCUCAGGUUUACGCCGUUGAGGGCCACACGGCCCACUGCGUGCAGCUGAGCAGCGGCGAGACCAUCAUGCUGGUCAUCUUUGGUUACUCCCCCAUCUACAGCUACAUCAGCAACGUCCAGGAGUACAACCUGAGAUCCAAAGUGUGGGUGGUACCUGAGACGAAAGGGGCCGUUCCCCAGGGAGGUUACGGCCAUAGCAGCACAUACGACAGCUCCAGCAGCAGCAUCUACGUCCACGGAGGCUAUAAAGCUCUCCCAGCCGGCAAGUACGGCCUUGUGGACGACCUCUACCGCUACGACGUGAACACGAGGACAUGGUUCAUUCUGAGAGAAAGCGGCUUUCCGCGGUACCUGCACUCGGCGGUGCUUCUCAGCGGCACUCUGCUCGUCUUCGGCGGCAACACGCAUAACGACACGUCACUCAGCAACGGGGCCAAGUGUUUCUCCGCUGACUUCCUCGCAUACGACAUCGCCUGUGAUGAGUGGACACUCCUACCCAAACCGGACCUGCACAGGGACGUCAACCGUUUCGGCCACACGGCUGUCGUCAGCAACGGGUCUAUGUACGUGUUCGGGGGCUUCUCCAGUGUGUUGCUGAAUGACGUGCUCGUAUAUCGACCUCCCAGCUGCCAGGCCUUCUUGGCAGAGGAGGGCUGUGUGAAUGCCGGGCCAGGGGUCCGCUGCGUCUGGAGCAGAGGGCGCUGUGUCCCCUGGGAGCCCAGCAUGGCUAAUGGCAGCUCCACUUCCGUAACUUUCUGCUCCUCUAAAACAGCCACAGUGGACGACUGGUGCUAUAGGUUCUCAGAUUGCGGGAGCUGCACAGCAAACACUAAAGGCUGCCAGUGGUGCGACGACAAGAAGUGCAUCUCUGCCUCCAGCAACUGCACCUAUGGCGUGAAGAACUUCACUGAGUGCCCGGUGCACAUCGAGCAGGUGUGCAGCAAGCUCGCCAACUGCAAGAGCUGCUCCCUGAAUCUCAACUGUCAGUGGGAGCAGAAUCACUCGCAGUGCCACUCUCUGCCUGCCCAACAGUGCAGCGAGGGCUGGAGUCAGGUGGGCGACGCCUGUCUGAGGAUCAACUCCAGCCGUGAGAGCUACGACAACGCCCAGCACUACUGCAAGAACCUCAACGGGAACAUUGCUUCUCUCACCAACUCCAAGCAAGUGGACUUUGUACUUGAGGAGCUUAAAAAGCUUCAGGAGCUAGAGAAGCGACUGUCUCCCUGGGUGGGCUUGAGAAAGAUCAACGUGUCGUACUGGGGCUGGGAGGACAUGUCUCCCUUCACCAAUAGCAGCUUGCGCUGGCUGCCCGGAGAGCCCAGCGACUCUGGUUUCUGUGCCUACUUGGAGGAGCCUCAGGUUUCGGGCCUACGGGCCAAUCCGUGCACUGCAACCGCUCACGGCCUCAUCUGUGAAAAAGCCACCGGAAACCCCAACCAGAGUAGCCGCACGUCCUGCAAGAAGCCCUGCUCGCUGCACACGACCUGUGCCAACUGCACCAGCCAGGCCAUGGAGUGCAUGUGGUGCGGCAGCACGCAGCGGUGCGUGGACUCCAACGCAUACGUCAUCUCCUUCCCCUAUGGCCAGUGUUUGGAGUGGCAGACGGCAGACUGCGUGGCUCAAAACUGUUCGGGACUGAGGACGUGCACCCAGUGCUUGGAUCAGCCUGAGUGCGGCUGGUGUGGCGACCCCAGCAGCACAGGAAAGGGGAUGUGCAUGGAGGGCUCCUACAGGGGGCCGAUGAAAAGAGUGACGAAGCAGGGCCAGCAGAGCCCUUCCAAUGACAUGAGCCUGGAGCCUGGCAGCUGCCCCAAAGACAAAGGCUUCGAGUGGGCCUUCAUUAACUGUCCCGCGUGCCAGUGUAACGGCCACAGCACGUGUGUUAACAGCAGUGUAUGCGAGCAGUGUCGCAACCUCACCACUGGUCCUCACUGCGAGACCUGCAUGCCAGGUUAUCACGGAGACCCGACCAACGGCGGCAAAUGCCAAGCUUGUAAGUGCAAUGGUCACGCAAAUGUGUGCCAGGUGUUAACGGGCAAGUGCUUCUGCACCACCAAGGGGAUCAAAGGAGACCAGUGCCAGCUAUGUGACUCAGAAAACCGUUACCUUGGCAAUCCACUCAGAGGAACCUGUUACUAUAACCUCCUGAUUGACUACCAGUUCACAUUCAGCCUCAUCCAGGAGGAUGAUAAUCAUUACACCGCCAUUAACUUCAUGGCCUCACCUGAGCAGGCAAACAAAAACUUGGACAUGUCCAUCAAUGCAUCAAACAACUUUAAUCUCAACAUCACGUGGUCCGUGGGUUCAACAGCUGGAACCAUCUCUGGAGAGGAGGUGCCCAUCGUGUCCAAAACAAACAUCAAGGAGUACAAGGACAGUUUCUCCUGUGAAAAGUUCACCUUCAGGAGCAACCCUAACAUCACGUUCUAUGUGUACGUCAGUAACUUCUCAUGGCCCAUCAAGAUCCAGAUUGCCUUCUCCCAACACAACAGUAUUAUGGACCUUGUCCAGUUCUUUGUGACGUUUUUCAGUUGCUUUCUGUCUCUGCUCCUGGUGGCAGCAGUGGUGUGGAAGAUCAAGCAGACCUGCUGGGCAUCACGACGCAGAGAACAGCUGAUGAGAGAACGUCAGCAGAUGGCCAGUCGUCCAUUUGCAUCCGUCGCCGUUUCCCUGGAUGCCAGAGAGCUAACAGAAGUCCUGCAGCCUGUGGUUGACGGUGCACCUAAACCAGUUGCGCUGGAGCCGUGUUUUGGAGGCAAGGCUGCGGUGUUGACGGUCCUGGUGCGUCUGCCGUCUGGACUUUCUGACCUGCCUCCACCUGGGCAGUCAGGUCUGAUUGUUGCCAGUGCCCUGGUCGACAUCUCACAACAGAAAGCAUCCGAUUUUAAGGAAAAGUCCCAAUCGUUAAAGAACCGAAAAGCCCUUCCACCAGCUCUCCAGGGGACCUGCGUCUGACUCCAUCCGCCGGCCGCAUCGUUGUAGCAUGACUCGGGUCCUGCAGCUGGAAGCCUUUCCACAGACUUGACAUGCCUAAGUGACUUGUAGGAGAUUUCUUUUGGCUGCUAUCACUCACCACUACAGCUCCCACGUUGCCGGAGCACAGCCUCGUUUUUCUGUUCAUUUCCAAACGUGCCGGCAUGAUCAGAAAUCCAUCGGCAUCUCCAGCGCCAACCGAUACCUGCUGGGCUCCAGCUUCUUCCCUUUGGCUCGGACAGCGAACGCUACACUUAGCGAACAGCCGCCAUAUUUGCGGCAAAUUGCGACAGGUCCAAGCUUAUUAAAGCGCGGCUGAUGAAAAUGUAGAUGUUUGUGCAUUUGGUAAUGCCACAAGCGGACUAAAUUUCACCUUACGAUCAAAAAACGGUUGGUAGAUGUCCAGUAAACGCUCCCUGUAUAGUGUUUAACCUUCUAUUGCUCACAGAUAAGUGGUACAUUUUAGUGCCAAAGCAUUCACAUUUCUCUGGUUUGCCUUUUUUCUUUCUUGUAAAGAAUUUAACAACCCAUAAUUAUAUUGCAAGCCAUGACGACUUGAGCAUUUUUUAUUUUAAGCCUAAUUGUUCGUUUGCAUAUGACUCCUCCACCCAGCAAAAGCUAAAGUCUGUAUUUUCUGUGGGAUACAUGGACUAAUGCUGCAGAGGCUGCAGCCCCGUCUCGUGACACGAUGGGUGAAAACUUGAAGGAGGCACGAACAAUUUAUUCGUCAUCGAAUUACGGCAUGAAAAUCUAAAACACGUUGGGUGCAUUUUAUUUGGGAGAAAAAAAAAAGUAGUUUUAUGUUGAGUUUUUUUUCUUUUUUUUUUUCAGUGUCGUCGCUGUGAAAUAAACAGAAAAACACUGAAGUCCUGGUUGGGUCUUUACUGUAGUUUGUAAUGAAAUCUUUUGAAGUGCAACGUGGACAUUUUGACACUUUUGAACGGAGACUGGGAUGUCAGGGACGUUUAGGGAGGCCGCUCCAGAGACGUCCCGCUCUUCUGGCUGUUUACUGGUUUGUUUUGUAAGUUUUAUAUGGGAAAAAAAAGCUAUAACUUUAUUUCACCUCGAAAGGACAAGGAGUCGUGCUACGGUUGAAUAUAACAAUAAGCCUCAUGAGCUGAAACAUUUGGGAACCUGAAGAUAUGAAGGACUUUUUAAGCUGUACAGUGUCUCGUUGGAACAAAUGUUUUUUUUUUGUUUGUUUUUUCUGUCAGGUUUUUAUGAGACUGAUGAAAACAUUUUGUUUAAUUCAGGCCUUGUCACCUGAUACUAUUAUAACCUAUAAUAAAUUAUCGGUUUGCUACACUUGUGAGUUUUUCUGUUGACAUGUUUUGGUAUUUAACAGAUUCCUGUUUUCUUGCACAUUCUUGUUGACUGAAACCACUUGUUCUACUGUCAGCCCCCCUUUUUUAUUAUUAUUAUUAUUUGUGCAUCAUUAUAAACUGUUUGGGCAUUGUCCUGCUUUGUGUUGCAUAAGUCGUGAUGAAUUUCAUGAUGAUGCUAUGCCAGCUAAUGUUUUUUUUUUUCUUAUUCUUAUUUUGUUUGUAGAGUAAUCCUUUAACCAUGUCUCUGAACAGGAAUGGAGCUCACGCUGUCGUGUGAAAUGGAUGACAAACUUACAUAUCAGUAAUCGUCAGUGUAUUUGAAAGAUCAACAACAUGCCUGAAAAUUAAAUGAAGAAAUAUCAGAACAGAAAAACCCAAAACAA